CAGUGCCCGGGGCGGCGCGCGUGCUCUUCCCUGUGGCUGCUCAGGUGUGAAAAUCACAAAUGUCGUCAAAUGAGGGAAGAUCCAAAAACCAGGACAGGCACUAUGAUAAGGUCCCAGGAGACUUGCCCUAUCAAGAUGGCACCAUAAGAACCCUCCAGACUCUUCAGGACAGUGAGCUGGCCGUGAGUGCUGAUCCUUUGCCACCACCCCCUCUCCCAUUACAGCCACCAUUCGGCCCAGACUUCUACUCAAGUGACACAGAGGAACCAGCCAUAGCACCAGAUCUCAAACCUGUAAGGCGCUUUGUCCCUGACUCCUGGAAGAACUUCUUCAGAGGGAAAAAAAAGGACCCAGAAUGGGAUAAGCCAGUUUCUGACAUCAGAUACAUCUCUGAUGGAGUGGAGUGUUCACCUCCAGCCUCUCCAGCAAAUCACCGUUCACCUCCCGACUCCUGCAAGGAUCCUUACCGAGGGUCAGAAGGAACCUUUAGUUCCCAAAAAGAGGCUGAUGCAAUGCUUCCCCGAGAUCCCUAUGGGUCUCUAGGCCGACACACACAAACUGCUCGAACAUACAGUGAGAAGGUGGAGGAGUAUAACCUGAGGUAUUCCUACAUGAAGUCAUGGGCAGGCCUGCUGAGAAUUCUGGGCGUGGUGGAGCUGCUUUUGGGGGCUGGCGUCUUUGCUUGUGUCACAGCUUACAUUCACAAGGACAAUGAGUGGUAUAACUUGUUUGGAUACUCACAGCCCUACAGCAUGGGAGGCAGCCUGGGCAGUACGUAUGGGGGCUAUUACUACAGUGGCCCCAAGACCCCUUUUGUACUUGUGGUCGCUGGAUUAGCUUGGAUCACCACCAUUAUUAUUCUGGUUCUUGGCAUGUCCAUGUAUUACCGGACUAUUCUUUUGGAUUCUAACUGGUGGCCCCUAACUGAAUUUGGAAUUAAUGUCGCCUUGUUUAUUUUGUAUAUGGCUGCGGCCAUAGUCUAUGUGAAUGAUACCAACCGAGGUGGACUCUGCUACUAUCCAUUAUUUAAUACGCCAGUGAAUGCAGUGUUCUGCCGGGUAGAAGGAGGACAGAUAGCAGCAAUGAUCUUCCUGUUUGUCACCAUGAUAGUUUAUCUCAUUAGUGCUUUGGUUUGCCUAAAGUUAUGGAGGCAUGAGGCAGCUCGGAGACACAGGGAAUUUCUGGAACAACAGGAGAUAAGUGAGCCAUCAUUGCCAUCGAAAAGGAAAAUGUGUGAAAUGGCCUCUGGUGGUGACAGACAAAGAGACUCAGAAGUUAAUUUCAAAGAAUUGAGAACAAUAAAAAUGAAACCUGAACUACUGAGUGGACACAUCCCCCCAGGCCACAUUCCUAAACCUAUCGUGAUGCCUGACUACGUGGCAAAAUACCCUGUGAUUCACACGGAUGAUGAACGAGAACGCUAUAAAGCUGUGUUCCAAGACCAGUUUUCAGAGUACAAAGAGCUGUCUGCAGAAGUUCAAGCCGUCUUGAGGAAGUUUGAUGAGCUGGACGCUGUGAUGAGCAGAUUGCCAUGUCGUUCGGAAAACCGACAGGAACAUGAGAGAAUUUCAAGAAUCCAUGAAGAGUUUAAGAAAAAAAAGAAUGAUCCUACAUUUCUGGAAAAAAAAGAACGCUGUGAUUACUUAAAGAAUAAACUUUCUCACAUAAAGCAAAGAAUUCAAGAAUAUGAUAAAGUAAUGAAUUGGGAUGUACAAGAUUAUUCUUAAACCUUAUUUGAAACCACUUUUUUAUAGCAACUUUUUUAUAGCAAAUUUACUAUUUAUUUACUGUCUUUUUUAUGCUAGUCUGUGUUUGAGAAGCAAGUGUUUCCUGAAUCAGCUUCUACUUGGUUUAACCAGUACAUUAUGUUAAAUAGUAUGAUUUUGCUCAGACAUUUCAAAACUAAUUCAAAUUUACCUUUUCUAAGAAUGGAAGAAAUCCUGUAUUUAUCUUUGCACAAUUUCAUAUCCAUCUGUCUCAUUAAAAUGUGUUGUUAUUUUAGAGAUCCUGUCUUUGCGGCAUGAUGAGCUAGUGGACUAUCAGUUCUGGUGCUGCUUUUUCCUUUUUUACUUAGGCAGACUCCUAGGAUUUUUCUAAGACAAAUUUCUCUCCCUAAGGAAAUUCCUAAUGGAUUCCUAAAGGAUACUUCCUAAGGGAAAGUGGGUGACACCUUUUCAAAGAUGUCAUUUCUUCCCUUAAAAGGGGUUUGAGUUCCAGAUCAGCAUUUUCAAGCUUUGUGAUCUUGGGCAAGAUGCUUAAUCUCCCUAUGCCUGUUUCCUCUUCUGUAAAAUAAUCAUACAUACUUCAUAGGGUUGUUAUGAUGAUUAAAUGAGUUAAUAUUUGUAAAACGCUUAGAAGAGAACCUGGCACAUUAUAGGAACUAUAUUAGUCUUUGUGAAAUCUAUAGAAAUGUUCGUGAAAAGGUCCUUAAUGAGCAAACCCAACCCAGUUCACCAAAAGGCCGUGUGUCUCAUGCCUUUCUUUUUGGUGCUGUUAGCUUUUUCCACAUGUAGCGUUAGGUAGACGCUUCCCUGUGGUUCUGUGACCCUCUGGGGCUGCACACAGCCUCCCUGUCUUUAAUAUUAGAGUAUCACUGUGCACAUCUCUCCAUCUCCCCAACAGCCCAGCCUGUCCUGUAUACAUCAAAUAGAAGGAUUGUAUGAUGUUGCCUUUUCUCUCCCCUUUGGACAUCCAUCUUAAGGCCCGAUGAGGUUACACUUACUUGGAAUCUCCCUUUGAUUUAUUGGGAUGUUUCAUCUUUUCAAGAAUUAUCUUGACUUUGGGGCUUUAUUUAUAAGAAAUGUUUUAUUUUUGUUAGUAUGAGCAAUGGACUGCCUUAAAAAU